UCGACUUACAUACUUCAAAAUGUUCAGAUUGUGCCUUUUCGCCCUUCUCGCCACCACUGCCCGUGCCGGUCUCAUCGGCGGCAUCGGCAUUGGCCAUGGAGUGGUAGCCGCCGCCCCAGUGGCUGUCGCUGCUCACGUGGCUCCAGUUGCAGUAGCUGCGCCUGCCAUCGCCGUAGCUCAUGGCGCUACCUCCUACCAAAAUUCGAACUCCAUCAGCUUGAACCCAACCGCUGUUGUUACUAAAGUAGCCGCCCCCGUUGCCGUAGCGGCUCCCGUGUUCACCAAGGUGGCCGCGCCAGUCGCGGUUGCUCCUGUCGGUCUUGGUCUUGGUUUUGGAAAAGGUUUGGCCUAUGGCUUGCACUAAAUCGAAAUUGGAGAAGCUGUGAGCGUAUGAAAUGAGCAACAAGGAUUAUUUAUUUCUU